CGCUCCUGGCCCCGCCCAGCCCGAGUCACGUGCAGGGUCGGGUCGCCCUCUGGGCCAAUCAGCGGGGACGAUUCACCCCGGAAGUUGAACCCGUUCCCCGGCAGCGCCGCGCGUUACCACGGCAACGGCGGCGGGAUGGAGUCCGAGGAGCGGGAGUGGAACAAGCGGGCCGCCCGGCUGCGGGCCGAGCUGGAGCGGGAGCGGCGGCUGGACGAGGCGCUGCGGGCGGCGGAGGAGAACAGGAGGCAGAGAGCGCUGCAGCUGGAGCGGGAGCAGAAGCUGGCGGCUGAGAUGGCCAGGAGGGACCUCGAGAAGAUAAAGGACGAGAAGCUCAGGCAACAAGUCAGAGCCAACAGUCUUGAACUUCGAGAGUUAGAAAGAAAGCUAAAAUAUGCCUAUAUGAAUAAAGAACGAGAUGCACAGAUGGCUGAAAAAAAAGCUUUUUACGAUGAGAAACUGAAAUGGGAGGAUGAAAUAGCCCAAGAGAUGAAGGAAGAGCAUGACCGGUUAAUGCAAGAAGAACUUGCUGCAGAAAUGAGGCGAAACCAGGAGAAGAUAAUGUACCAUCAGGAACUGGACAAACAGCUGGAGGAACAGGAGAGGAAGAAGCAAAAGGCCUAUGAAGAGUUUCUGAGAGAGAAACUCAUGAUUGAUGAGAUUGUAAGAAAGAUCUAUGAAGAAGACCAAAUGGAAAAACAACGAAAGUUGGAUAAAGUGAGAGAAACUCAGAUGUAUAUUGAAGAAUAUAUAAAAGAACAAGCUAUGUGGAGGAGAAAGAAAAAGGAAGAGAUGGAAGAAGAAAACAGGAAAAUUAUGGAGUUUGCCAACAUGCAGCGACAAAGGGAAGAUGACUGGAUGGCUAAAGUUCGAGACACUGAGGAGAAAAAACAGAAAGUUCAAAACAUGGUGGCCGAGACAAUGGAAAGGGAACAACAGAAGCGUCAAGAACAGGAACAAAUCCGCCAAGAGCUGUAUCUGGAAGAACAAGAGGAAAUGGAAAGGAAGAAGGAGAUGGCAGAAAUUGAGAAGAGAAUAAGGCAGCGCCUGGAGCUGAGGCAAAUGUACGAGGAGCAGUUUGCCAUGAAGGCGGCAGCACAGCGAGCGCUGCGGGAGGAGGAGGAAGCUUUCCGCCAGCAGAUGCUGGCCAGGCUGGCAGAGGAGGAUCGGCUGGAGGAGCUGAACGCUCAGAAACGCAGGAUGAAACAGCUGGAGCACAAAAAGGCCGUGGAAGAAAUCCUGGAAGACCGUCGCAAACAGUUCAUUGCAGACAAAGAGCGGGAAGUUGAAGAAAGAGAGUUAGAGAAGAGAAGACAAGAAAGCAUCCGUGCAAUUGUUGAAGAGGAGAGGCAGAAACUCCUGAAAGAGCACGCCUGGAAACUGCUGGGUUAUCUGCCUCGAGGGAUAAUCAAAGAUGAAAAUGACAUUAACAUGCUUGGAGAAGAUUUUAGGUUGGCUUUCCAGCAGAGAAGAGGUAAUGAAUUAUCAGAAGAGAGCUGAACCUUUCCCCAGCUCAGCUCCUGCUUUGCCACUAGGUGUCAGCUGAUUCCCAUGAAAACUUCCAUUUGCUGUUAACAGUGAGGAACUCCUUUUUAACACCAUUAAAAGUCUCCAUCUUAAGACCGAAGUUCUCAGCUGAUGAGCAGUUAGUUUUAUAUAGGUGUGUGCUGCACUUGCAUUUUUCAUCAAUAAACUGUUCUGAGUUCUCAA